AUGAAAUUUGAAAAAUAUUUACAAAAGAUUGAGGAUCCGAAUUAUCAAGGGGAGGAGAAUUAUGACUUACCUCCUAAUGCUACCCCUUUACAAGUAGCCAAAUUUAACUUAUGUCAAAAUAUCUUACGCUAUAAGCGAGAACAGCAACUUACUCGCCAACAACUAGCACAACAAUUACAGUUAAGUUUACCCGAAACCGAGGAUAUUUUAUUUAGUCAUAUUGAUAAAUUCACUUUGGAUCGUUUAACGGAGUAUGCUAGCAAACUAUUUCAGCACCUAGAAGAAUUAAUUGUUAAGUUAGUAAGGAAGUUAAAUGGCAAAGAGGUCGAGUUAACUGAUUAUAGUGGUCCCCGACG